AUGCGAUCACUGUCUCGAGAAGAUGAAAUGGCUGAACGGUGUGUGCCCGCGCCGACAAGUUCGACAAGAAGUUGGGAUCAUGCAUCGACGAGUGAUGUGCCGAGUCGAGCCGACAACGUGAGAAGAUCGCUGAAAGAGCUCCGACGAGAUAUGGGAAGAAGCUUUGGAACGCUCGUCCAUCGACCACAGGGCCUCGAGAGGAUACAGGAGACAGACGGACACGAGAAUGGACUGCAUGAUAAGGACGUCACUUCCAGACCGAUCGAGAGUGAGAGACCAUCGAUAUUCGAGCGAUUGCAGCGGACAAUCGAUGAGUUACCGAGUUUGCCGAAUAUGAGUGGAGAGGGAUCGGUGAUUGAGCGAAUCGACACCUCACUCAACGCUCACUACUACACGAUUGCCUAUUGUGUAGUGAUCACAGCGUACGUGCUUGGUUUCGCUGAGUACGUUUACCUGAGGCUUGUUUCGAUUUUGAUACCAGAAAAGAUGAAAUUUUACAAGACUUGCCAAGAACGAGCGAAUGAGACGGUGGGUAAAGACGGUUUUCAUUACGGAGUCAGUCUGGGCGCUUUCAUCGUGAUCGCUCUUUUUCAACUUAUUUGCUUCUUUGGCUUAACGAUAUCGGAAAAAUGGACAAGGACCAGUCAUUUUGGACCCGCUUCAGCCUCUUCGUUACGACGCGAGCAACUCGCAUCACAAAUCCGUUGUGUCAUCAGCAAGAUUAUGUAUAGGACUUUUUUAUGUUACGGGUUAUGCUCGGGAAUCAUUUGCAUGAUCAUUUUCAACGUCGUCGGUAUACAAGACUCGAUCGGCGACACGAUUUCUCAGAUUUGCAUUUACACGUUCGAUGCCUUGAUAAUCAUCUAUUUUCUGGCUUUCCCUUUAUGCACAAUUAUCUAUCAUCCACAUGUUUAUUGUUUCAAGAGUCGACCAGCUGCUGAAAGUGUUGACCCGGCUGAUCUAUCGAUAUCACGAGGAGAGGCUCCACUCGUGCACAACUCAACCUCGACCCGAUUGGCGACACUGGCUGAGGUGCCCGAGCCGAGCUACUCAGCCUCUCCAAUUCCAUCAUCGAUUCCUCCAUUGAUGUUGCCGACCUCGAUCGAUCGAGAGCCUCGACCAGGGAGUAGUAGAAGCUCUGAUACGAUGAGCGCGCGGGAACCACCGUACAUCAAUCGAGAGACGCCAUUCAAACGCGGAAUCCGUACAACAACCACUGUU